AUGGGUAAAGUUUCACAACUAAUCUCUCAUCCAAUCGAAUUAAAAUCUGCUUUAAAAUUAAAAUUUUUACGUCAGCCAUUAUUUCCAACAGAUGACACUUCAGCUACUCCAGAAUUGAAAAAAUGCUAUAAAUUGUUAAACUUAACUUCUAGGUCUUUUGCAGCAGUGAUUAUGGAAUUAAACCCAGAAUUACGCAAUUCGAUCAUGUUAUUUUACUUAAUUCUACGUGCAUUAGAUACUGUUGAGGAUGACAUGAGUAUUGAUCCAAAGGUCAAAGUUCCUGUUUUGAGAGAGUUUGCUUCCAAAUUAGAAACUUCUGAUUGGAAAUUCGAAGGCUGUGCUCCCACUGAAAAAGAUCGUCAAGUUUUGCUCGAUUUUCCUUGUAUUUUGAAAGAAUAUCAUAAAUUAAAACCCGAAUAUCAAAAAGUUAUUAAAGAUAUUACCUAUAAGAUGGGCAAUGGUAUGGCUGAUUAUAUUUUAGAUGAAAAUUUCAAUUUAAACGGGGUUGCUACCAUAAAAGAUUAUGAUAAAUACUGCCAUUACGUUGCUGGUUUGGUUGGUGAUGGAUUAACCCAAUUAAUUGUUUUAGCCAAUUUUGGUACCCCUGAUUUAUAUAAUGAAAAUAAACAACUAAUGGAAAGCAUGGGGCUAUUUUUGCAAAAAACUAAUAUAAUUAGAGAUUACGCAGAAGAUUUAAAUGACGGCCGUUCCUUUUAUCCUCAAGAAGUUUGGUGUAAAUACGUCAAGCGUCUACCAGAUUUGGCUAAAAAUGAAGAUGGUAAAGGUGUAUAUUGUAUCAAUGAUUUGGUCCUAAACGCUUUGAGUCAUGUUAACGAUGUGCUAACUUAUCUAAGUUCUAUUCACGAGCAAUCAAGUUUCCAAUUUUGUGCUAUUCCUCAGGUUAUGGCUAUUGCUACAUUGGCUUUAGUUUUUAAUAACGAGACUGUUUUACAUGAUAAUGUUAAGAUUAGAAAGGGAACUACCUGUUAUUUAAUUUUAAAAUCAAGAACAUUAAAGGGGUGUGUGGAAAUUUUCCAAUAUUAUUUACGUGAAAUUAAAUCUAAAUUAACUGUUGUUGAUCCAAAUUACUUGAAAAUAAAUAUUCAAAUUGCAAAAUGUGAACAAUUUAUUGAAGAAAUGUAUCAGGACAAGUUGCCUCCUAAUGUCAAACCAUUAGAAACCCCUAUUUAUUUGAAGGUUAGGGAAAAGACUAAAAUUGAUGAAAGAUUAAUACCUGUUUUACAGAAUGAAGAAUUUAAGUUUAAUAUUAUUCUAAGUAUGGUUGUUACUGCAUUUGCAGCCAUAUAUUUCUAUCACUGA